GCAACCCAGGCUGGAAGGGGAUUGGCUAAGUUGAGAACUCCAAGAUGAGACAGGCCUGCAGCCUCUUAAUCCUGCUCGCUCUGCUGUCCCCCACUUCCGCCCAUGCUGGAGCUUCAUGGAGUGAGAUUGUGGGGGGGCAUGAAGCCAAGCCCCACUCCAGACCCUACAUGGCCUAUCUGAAGAGGACCACCUUGGAUUUCUGCGGGGGAUUUCUGGUGGACCCAGGCUGGGUGAUGACGGCUGCUCACUGCAGGGGGAACCUGACAGUCACCUUAGGAGCUCACAAUAUCCACAGGCAAGAGAACUCCCAGCAAACGUUUGCGGUUCAAAGCUAUCACCCGCACCCCGCCUACGAAGAACGUCCUAGAGUCAAUGACAUCCUUUUGCUGAAGCUGAAGGGGAAAGCCAAACUAAACAAAUACGUCCGUGUCAUUGACCUGCCCAAGGCCAACAGAGAUGUCGCCCCAUGGAGCCAGUGCACCACAGCUGGAUGGGGUUUUAUCGACCAGGGAAAAACCACCGACAAGCUCUUUGAGACCAACGUCACCAUCCGGCCACCAAAGCAAUGCCGCUCUUUUAACCCCGGGAUAACUAACGGCAUAAUCUGUGCAGUGAGCGAACAGUGGGUCAAGGACUGCAGCCAGGGGGAUGAUGGUGGCCCUCUAGUCUGCAAAGGGACAGCACAAGGAAUCUUCUCCUAUGAUUUCAAACGCCCUCCUGGCUUUUACACUCGCAUUGCCUCCUACCUUCCCUGGAUUGAGAAAACCAUGCAGUAACAAACAGGAGAGGAAGAGGCUGAACCUUCUCCUGCAUCAUCGGCUGCCUUUGAAAGUUGGGCGUUUCCUUGUGCUGUAUUUGGUGGCUUUUCCCCCUCCCUUUUCUGGGGUGCUGAGUGGCAAGUUAGGGCUAAGACAAGAAGUGGUGCCGAUGGGGAGUCCCCCUUGUCCUCGUCACAAAAAAAUAAAUCCCUCUAGACGUACAAACAUCUACGUACAAUGCUACGGCUGCAGCUUACACCCCACUGGGAAGGUGCCUAGAUGAGCCUUUUGUCCUAGAUGAGCCAUUGCUGAUUCCAUCUGUGGCAUCUAUAUUGGGAGCGCUAAGGUAGACAUGGUUGCCCGGGGCCAUCAGCAUUCUUAACCCCAGGGGCCUGAUUCUCCCUUGUCCUGCACCUGCUGUCCAAGGUACUUUGGCCCUCAUGACUAUGGCAUCCGAGUGCCUCUCACUCUGUGUUUAUUCUCAACCCCCCGGCAGAUGGGGCAGUGCUAUUAUCCCCAUUGUACGGAAGGGGAACUGAGCACAGAGAGGUUAAAAGUCUUGCCCAAGGUCACGCAGCUGGAGCAAGGACUUGACCCCCGGUCUCUCAAAUGCUAGGCCCAUGACUUUACCACUGAGCCAUCCAUCCUGCCUGCCAUCACUUGACUACCACUUUGGGUGGGCGUCAAUGACCCCACAAGGUGCAGGGCAUGGGAGACAAUAGGGCCUCCCCCCACAUAAGCCAGCUCUGAGCAGAUCUACAUGACAAAGGUUAAACGAGCGCCAGGGGCUUGUCUACACUAGUGCUCCCAGUGGCGCAGCUGCAUGGGUAGUUGCAAUAUAUGUGGGGGGUGGGGAAUAUUAGCAUAGAGGACCAGACCAGUGGGUAUAAGGGAGUCUAACUUCCACCAUCAUGCACAUUUCUGAAUUUGGGCCGAUGCUCCCAAUUCUGGCAGGAGCUUGUGUCCCUCCCCAGCGAGCCAGGAUUAAUGCCUGCACCCACGCGUAGCCCCUGCUCUGAUCACUGCUUCAUUCCUGCCUUGUUGCUGUGUUGCCGGAUUGUCCCGAGCAUGAAAAAUAAACUCUCCGCUGUGUUUCAGGGUC